AUGGCUGCCAAAAAAUUUACUCAAAAAAUCCAAUUUACAAUUUUUCAAUAUGUUGAAAAUCCUAAAAAUUUGGCUUUAAGUUCAAAAGCAUGGUCGAAUGUUGCUAAAAAUGAAAAUGCAAGAGCAGCAUGGAUCAUCCAAAACUAUGGAAGAGCUCAUGCAUUAUUUCAUUCCGUGAGAUUUGGUCCGUCGUUUAUUAGUGUAUCCGUUGUGCAAGCCAUUAUCACUAAGCGAGGAAUUCUUUCAAAAUAUUUUAUUCAAAAACUUCUUAUUCACUACGGAAGUUAUGAUUUACAAUUAAUUGAAAAGAAAAUAUCACAUAAUGUCGGACAAUUUGACAUAAGAUCAUUAGAAAAAAAGUCACAUAAACCCUGGGGUAGUGAUUUACAAUUAUCGGUCUUCACAUAUAUCCUAUCAGUUGCGAAAAACCAGUUUGAAACAAGUGAACUUUGUAUAAAAGGCAAUGAUAUGGAGUUGUUUCACUUUCUUUCUGGUGGGCCACAUCCAAUAAGUAAUGCUCCAGAUAUUUUAAAAAAAAACUUUAAUACCAUUAAAGAUUUAAUACUACAUAUGAAAUUUAUUCCGUUCCCUCCUAGACCAAUAAGGCAACCUGAUUUCCAUAGUGCGACGCAAAAUACUCCUGAGGAAUAUCCGUCCAAAGAUGGUUACGAAAAUACUAGACA